CAAAUGAUCUACAAAAUUAAGAAUCCCCGUUUGUGUUGUUAGUUGUCACUUGUCACUUUUGUCACCUCUUUGGUGUCAAACACGCACACUCACACAUUCAUAGAGAGAGCGCAAAACCUUAGUCCUCCACCGACAACACCUUCCGAAAAUGGAGGCGGUGGGUUCAAGGCUGGGCCGAGCCUCCUCCCGUUACGGUGCACCCACCGUGUUCAGCGGCCCCGUCAGGAAGUGGAAGAAGAAGUGGGUUCACGUUUCCUCUUCUUUAAACAACAACUCUCACUCUCACAACAACAAUAACAACAACAACGCUUCUUCUCGUCUCCUUCUACGCCGUUGGACUCCUAUCACUGCCACCAACGCCGCCGACGACAGCUCCGGCAACGUAUCCGAGGAGCCACCCAGAAGGAAGUUCCGUUACACUCCUAUUGCUGUGCUAGAAGAACAGAAAAAGGUGGUUGUCGAAAAGGCUAAACAUGAACCCACAACUGAUGGUGAUCAAUUGACAGCUAGGCAGACAAAUGUGACUAAUGAGGUGCAUGGGAAGCUGAACAUGAAUGAAGUUUCAGAGGAGACCAAGGAUUCAAACAUGAACAAGUUGGAUCUUGGGUUAGGCUUUGAAGGUAGCAAUGGUGAAAACAGCCAGAACAGUGAUGAUCAAUUGGAAAAGAACUGAGAGUAUCUGGAAGUAGAAAAUCAAGCUGUCUGCAAGCUAAGUGAUAGUUCAAGAAACACUGAGCCAGUACAUAUGACCUGUUACCACCUAUUUUAACAUAAAUGUAGUUUGCCGUAAUCUUGUGAAUAAUCAGUACUUAAUUAGUGCUAGUAGUAUAGGAAUGAUCAGUAAAUAGUGUUAGUUAAGCGUAGGAUGAUUAGCUGUAUUAUGUGAUCGGUCAUACAUGAUGUGAGGUUGUACUAAGUGGCAGUAGUAUAUAUAUAAAUACAUAAAAUCUUAAGAAAAUUUGACUGCUUGUAUUUUUAAGACUAAUAGGAAGGAUUAAUUAUCAA